AUGGCUCCCGCAAAUCUGUGCAUCGUGGUCCCCUCGUGCCUCAGCUGUCUUUCGGCCCAGCGCCAGCGUGUCACAGUCGGCCACACCGCCCAUCAUCGCCAGGCACGUCCUCUGCUCAUGGACCCCUCUGCUGCUACCGCUCCGCCAAUGUUGCGCUGCCAUGCUCCAGCCUCGCUCACCAUGUGUCCCCAGUGGUGCAGCAGUCCGCUAUUGCUCGAGGGAUGCCUGCGAGCAUCCGCGGACUAUCAUCUUACUCCGCUCUUUGAACGCGUCUCGUCUCGCGCGCCCAUCUGGCCCGCGACUUACCCCAGCAACAACAUUAAACGCCCCCAGUUUUCUCGUUUCCAUCCCACUGUACCACCUCAUCGCAGCUGCGUCUUCAUCCUCGACACGUCGACCAAUUGA